CAGUUACGCUCUUCUUAUCAACCCUUUCUCAUACAGUACCUACCUACACGCCGCGACUCUAAAGUAAACCUCAAAAAAACAUUAGGUUAGAAGGUGUUAUAGUAUCUACUUAGGUAGGUGCCUAUUGUGCCUCGCCGUGUUUUUGAUUGAGUUGAGGACUGCUAGUUCCUGUUGCACUUGGUUCAUAGUUGCCUACUAUCUAAGUUUUUCAAAGACUUGGAGAGAGACAACCCAACCUAGGUAACUUGGAGUAGUUAGUUAUCUUUCAAGGCAAUGACAGCGUCGUACGUAACUGGGUUAUCAGGAAGUUGCAGUGUAAAUUUCAAGAACUGGGGAAGCCAUUGGCUGAUUUUAUUUCCCUGGUUAGCAAGAUAACCUCGGAUUACCUCUGAUAACCUCAAGCCCAAUUAUUCUUUUUUUCUUACUUUACUAUGUCAUACUCUCGAUCUAGAGUAAGUGGUUUUGAAGACGAGCGACGUCGCCCAUACGGCGGCACUGACUCGUAUAAACCAUUUGAGGAUCGACACACUUCUAGUGAAUAUUCUCGUGAUCGCGGCAGAGAGGUUGAGCGUGAUCGAGAUCGCAAUAUGGUCCUGGGUCGGCGCGACUCUGGAGACGCGGAAGGUACGCGAAGUCCGCACGGCCGUGGAAGAGAUAUGGGCGGUCCAAAAGACCUCCACCGGCUUUCUAUUGAUACCAGGAUUCCUACCGGUCCUAGGCGGACUGUGUCAGGUACCUAUUCCCCCGCUAGUGCUAUGAAUAGCGUUCCAACCCGCCCAACCUCGACUGAACCGGCUACCGAUGGUAUUUCAAAGACGACUAGAAUAUCUAGUCCGGGUCCUAUAGCCCCGCCAAGCAUUCCCAAAGCCAAGGAUCCUAGGUUACAAGAAGUUUUCGAAGUCAUAUAUAAAUGUAACGAGACUUCACAAGAGCGCAUGCUCUUGAAAUUACGGAAGAGCAAACUACUGCGCGAGGACCAUCAACGUCGGCGUGAGCUCGAUAAAAUCGCCAGCAAAGUUAAUGAUUAUGCUCCAUACUCGGAAUUCCAGAGACGAUUUGACGAAUGUGGGAAGUUAGAACGGGACGAGAUCUCAACAAGUCUCGCUAAACUCGAUCAGCAAUUCGCGGAAACCUUGGAAAGAGCCGUAUCUUCUAUAACAUCUUCUCAAUCGCAGGCAACUGAUAACAACUCUCUCCGAGCGUUAGAGGCCAAAUUUGCCGAAUUUCAGAAACAAAGUUCUGAGCAGCAAAAACAAAUAUCUGAUGCCCAUGCCCAAAUUCAGAUACUACGUAGUGAGCGAGAACAGUCAGUCCAGGCUUUCAAUAACCUGGAUAAGGAUUUUAAGGUGUUGAGAUCCGAUUAUAAUACUCUUCAAUCUGAAAACUCGCAGCUCAAGACGCAAAUCGCGGAUCUUGAUGCUCUUAGAAAAACUCAGGAUGACUUAAACCGGCUGACCCAGGAUCUCGGGUCCUUUACCACUAGAGUGGAUGAAGUGGAAAGGAAGGCGACUGCGUUUAUGGAUAAGGUCAAAGAGCUUGACAUGGAGACCUAUAACGAAAUCCUAGAGACCUGGAUCGACCAUGAUUUUAAAUCCAAGGUGUUUUCAAAUGAAAAAACAAUUGCGUCUUUACGCCAAGACUUCCGUUCUCUGCAGGAGUCAGCUACGUCUCAUUUCGACAAGAACGAUUCUUUCAUCCAAGAAACCCGGAAGUUCAUAGAGAAUGCUGGAAAUUCCCGACCCGUUGUGUCACAACUAAGUAACGCGACGUCAGUAAACCAGCCUGCACAGGAAGGUUGGGUUCAAGAAAAGCUAGAUACGUUACGAAAAGUUAUGCAGAAGACAGUUGCCGAUUCUGGCGAGAGUUGCGCCGAGAUGGUUGACGAAUUGGCAGUUCGCGUUGACAAAAUCUCAGCAGAUGUAAAAGCUCUUGAAAAGCUAUCUGCGCAAAUUAAUAUGCUAAAGCAGACCGGAGAUGGGCAGCACAAUGCGCUGCAACACUUACAGGAUUGUAUAAAGUCCUUAGAGGCCGAAGGAGUUGGUCCUAAGCUUGACAACGUCAUCAUCAAAUUGGCCGAUAUGGAGGGUAGAGUAACCUAUCUUCAGCAGAGCAACGCUACCGGAGGAACAGUUGGCCUUAAUUCCAUCAUGAGCGCUAUCAAAUCGGACGUCGAGGACGGCAAAAAAAGAUUCGAUUCACUUGAGCUUGCUAUCAGGACGUUAGACAGCCAGUGGGCAAACCUCAACUCGAAGCAAAUGGCAGUUCAUAUUCUUCAACACCUCGACUCUUAUAGGCAGCAAACUGAAGGACGGAUCAUUAGCGUCGAAGCAGGGGUUGGGGAAUUAAAAAAUAAACUUGCUCUCAUCGAGGACAAUCUCGCUUUGUUAAGAGACCCGAAAUAUCUUGCAGCUAUCAUAAAAGCCUCUCCGCCGUUGGGAAAACGGCCAGCUUCUCCCGGAUCGGCUGCCGAGGACCCGAUGAAAAAAAGAAAGCUGGAUACAAAGAGCCAGCAGACACAAUCAAACACUACCCAGGCAGCCAAAAGCUGAUGGUCAUUGGUAUAAGUCAACGUUACUUUGAUUACCACAACGCUACCAAAGCACGUUUCUUAAGGGCUCGCAUGAUGGCGCUGCGGUCAAGAACCAACCAUACAAAAUAGUAUCGUAACUUGAGUCCUUGUUUUCUUUGUGUGCCGCAAUGCCAUUUGCGUCACGCGAAACCGACAUACCUCUACCGUUCGGGUACAAUCAGAAGACCUGCAAUCCUCUUGUUUGUCUAACUUAUUGCGUUAGAUGGAACGCAUGGUUGCAAUACCCACACCCCUCUAUAUUAAUGCUUCCAAGGUGGGGGACUUCGAGAAGAAAAGUCGGCUAGAGGUUGGAAGUUACACGAAGAUGGAACGUCUGCAAAGACUUGGCAAUAUGGCGGCCUAUGUGCAUAUGUCUACCGUGUAGAGCUUUACUUCGCAGAUUAAGUGAGUUUCGUACCUAAUUAUUAGGGGAAUAAUAAAACAGUGAACAAU